AAUUUUGAUGGCGCAAUAGAUUCAACUUCAAUAAACCAUGAAAGUAUGUACCUAAAUGCCAUUGCCAAGUCGGCAACGCGAUUGUCAAACAGAUACAGCAUCUCCAGAUGUUAAAUUGACCUGGGAGCCAGCUCAUUGGUACAAGGUUCCAAAUGAUCGUUGGGAACAAAUUAUUGCAGAACCUGCUGAGCUGGAAGAACAGUUGUGUAGACCUCUGAAGAUAAAGUUCCUAAGCCAAAAUUCAAUCACUCAUGUGGUGGAAAAGUGUAAAGAAUCAUCUGUUAUAAAAAUAUCAGAAGAACAACAGUCUGAUCUCAUCCCUGCUGUUUAUGAAGGAGGCCUCAAAAUAUGGGAAUGCACGUGGGACUUGCUGCAUUACUUGGCCGAAUCUUCUGAUAUCUUGUGGCAAGGCAAAAGAGUGCUGGAGCUGGGCUGUGGCGCAGGCAUACUAGGAAUCUAUGCUGUUCUGCAAGGAGCCUCCGUCACGCUGCAGGACUAUAAUGAGGAUGUGAUUGAACAUAUAACAGCCCCAAACGUGCUGUACAAUGUUGCUGAGCUGACAGAGACUAGUAACGAAUCAGGUUCGGCCGAUCAAAAUGGCGAGGAAUUUGAGGAUCUCCAGGUCGCUGACGCUCGUGUCUCUAUUAGCAGAAGUGCCCUGCAGCUGCUGCAGACCCGUGUACAGUUCUGCUCGGGUGACUGGGGCACUUUACCUGAACUCCUCGGAUGUUCACUUGACCCAAUGGAUGGAAAGGUCUCUACAAAUACAAAGCAAUCAAUUGCCAUAUUGCACAAAACACGAUCGUCUAGCCUCCAUGUUGAAGACAAUAUUGUAAAGAAAUCUCAGCCGGACUGUGAUCAGGAAACAGCCCAUUGUUCCUCUCUGCUAAGUAAAGUUAAUAACUCCAACGAUAAAAGUUUAGAGGUCGUUUGCCAGAAAAGUUGUGAUGGCAAAAACUGCCAAGAUUGUGAUAUUGUUACCUGUAGAAAAUAUUGUUUGACGGAGAAGAGGGAAAUUAAUUCAUCAGACGCUGGCCUGAUCGAAAAUAUGCAUGUCCAAUCAAAUGAAUUGUCACAAUUUGACGUAAUAAUGACCAGCGAGACAAUCUACAAUCAAGAGAACUACGAAAAGAUCCUAAAAGUCUUCACUACUUGCCUAAAACCUCAUGGUGUUGUUCUGUUGGCGGCCAAGAGCUACUACUUCGGCGUAGGAGGCGGCACAGCUUCAUUCUUGGCGGCUGUUGAGCGUACAGGUUGUCUGCAACACAAGAAGCUCUUCGAACACACGAGUGGUGUGCGGAGAGAAAUAAUAGAAAUCAGACGAGUACCGUAUUAUAUUCUUUUAUUAACCUUAUUUUGUCAAUCUUCGGAAUCGGUCACAUUUCAAUCCCCAAAAAACCUCUUUGAACAGUAA